AUGAUCACCUCGUCUAUUAUUGUCUGGUUCUUCCUCUUGGUGGGCUGUCUUGCCCUCCUGGAGCAGAAAAUCGUCACAUUUACUCCGCAGCGCGAUGCAAUCCCCAUCCACAAUGCUGCCAUCGUUCACGACGCUUCCGACCCGGUUGCGAUCGCCAUCGCUGCCAGAAGCGUUGCAGAGGAUUUUGAAAAGAUUAUAGGAAGGCUGCCUCGCCGCAUCGCGACGAAUGCAAGUGAUGUAUUCACCUCCAGCGCUCUGGAGACUGCGAUCAUUGCUGCAACAGCCGACUCUUCUUUGAUCCGUGGCUUGGAAGAGAGGGGACUUGUGAAUGUUUCUGACAUAAGAGGGGAAUGGGAGACUUUUCGCACUACAGUUGUUAGGGAUUACCAGCCAGGGAAAGAUGCUCUCGUCAUCGCCGGGAGUGACAAGAGGGCUGUUGUCUACGGGCUGUAUACGCUUGCAGAGCAGUGUGGCCAGUCCCCGUACCAUUGGUGGGCUGACGUCCCGACUACUCAGCACGACGCCAUCUACGCGCUCCCAGUGACAACGACCCACGGCGCGCCCUGCGUAAAAUAUCGUGGUCUAUUCAUAAACGACGAGGCCCCGACGCUGACAGGCUGGUGGUCCAAGAAACAUGGCGUGGACCACUACCCACUCGACACUGAGUUCUACCGCCACGUGUUCGAUCUGAUCUUGCGCCUCAAAGGGAAUUUCAUCUGGCCGGCCAUGUGGGCUUCGUACGUGCCACGGCCUGGAAAUACUUUCUUCACGGAUGAUAUCCACAACCAGCAGCUGGCGGACGACUACGGAAUUGUCGUCUCGACCAGCCAUCAUGAGCCCAUGCAGCGUGCAACGAAUGAAUGGAACUCCUCUGAAGUAGGUGAAUGGGAUUGGACGUCGAACAAGGGGAAUGUUACCAGAUUCAUGGAGGAGGGCGUUCGAAGGGCUGGGAUGAAUGAAAGCUACUUUACGCUUGGUAUGCGUGGAGCAGGCGACGGGGCGAUUACCGGGGAGGAUCCGAUUGACAUGCUGAGGGAGGUUAUCGAGACGCAGAGGAGUAUUCUCGCUCAUUACCACGAGGACAUAUCGGCUGUCAACCAGGUCUGGACUAUUUACAAGGAGGUCGCAACGUACUAUGCUGGGGGCUUGGUUCCACCCGAAGACGUGACUCUCAUGUUUACGGACGAUAAUUUUGGGAAUAUUAUGCGGCUUCCGACUGCCGAGGAGGCUGCGAGACCCGGUGGUAUUGGCCUCUACUAUCAUUUCGAGUAUGUCGGACGGCCAAAAAGCUACAAGUGGCAGAACACCAAUAACCUGGCCAAGGUAUACAAAGAACUCUACCAAGCACUCGAACGCGGUGCAGACCGGAUCUGGGUCUUCAACGUCGCGGAUAUUAAGCCGAUGGAGCUGCCUCUUGCAUUUGGGUUGGACAUUGCCUGGAAUUCGUCCCGGAUUACAUUCACCACAAUUCCAGACUAUCUCAAAGCAGUCUCCUCGCGAGAGUUUGGCGCUGGGAAUCUCAGCGAAGAAAUAGGUUCCAUCCUGCUGGAACAUAGUCGACUCAUCGGCCGCCGCAAGCACGAGUCGACCACACCACAAACCUAUUCAUUCUUCAACUACAACGAGCUCGAGCGUGUUCUCCACGAAUGGGAAGACCUGGCUUUCCGAGUCCUCCAAGUGCGCAACUCGCUACCUCCCAAAUCCCGCGCCGCAUACUUCCACCUCGUCCAGUAUCCCAUUCAAGCAAGCCUCCUCCUCCAUCGCAUCAUUCUCCGCCAAUCCACGAACCAGCACUACGCUAACCAACGCCGCAACACCGCAAACGCCAUCGCGCAACAGAUCCUGGCAGACUCCGAGGCCGACGCUGAUCUCCUUGAGGAAUACACCAGCAUGCUGGACGGCAAAUGGGACGGGAUCCUCGACCAGCCCAAGCUCGAGGACUGGCAGCGUGAGACAUGGAUGUCGCCAACGCGCGACAUCAUUCAAAACCUCUCGUUCGUGCAGCCGCGCCAGGAUUUUGUGUACGCGCUGGGAAACCUUGGGAUCUACGCCGAGGGAUCAAAGAGUGCGAAUAGGCAAUCGUUCUGGUGCGAGUCGUGCGAUCCGUCUAUGCCAACUCAGGGCUCGUGGGCAGCGACUCUGCCGGUUAUGGAUCCGUACGGACCAGAGUAUCGCACUGUGGAGCUGUUUCAUCGGGGCGAUCAUCGAAAACCUAUUCAGUUUAGACUCGAAAUACCAUAUGACUGGAUCGAGAUCUCGCCUAGCGAAGGUCGUCUGACACGGGAUAACUCAGAUCAGCGGCUGCAGGUCUCGAUUGACUGGGCCAAGGUACCGAGUGACUUCAACGAGACUGUACCUAUCGGCGUACACUACGACACACUACCCAGAUACGAUAACUUGCUCAUUCCCGUGCAGAACAAACCAGCCCUUCCAGCAGAUUUCCACGGGUUCCCGGAGACAGCAGGCUACAUCUCCAUUGAGGCCGCACACUUUCAGCGCGCGAACAAUGCAACAGGCCCAGAUGCAGAUAUAGACACAAUCCACUUCGAAACCCAGCCCUACCUCGGCACGCGCACGAACUCUGGUACCGUUGCUUCAAGACCAUACACCGUCGCAAGAAUGUCCACAGCCUCAGCACAAUCCGCAUCACUUGAAUACAACAUCUACCUCUUCAACCGGGCCGACAAUCUCCACGCCACAAUCUACAUAACUCAAAACCUCGACACAGACCCUGAACUCGCAAUGCAAUACUCUCUAAGCAUCAAAUCCCAAGACACAGCCGGGAACGCAAACUUCACCCGCCUCCUCGCGGAGCCCAAAACAGCUGGUGACUUGCCUGAGUCGUGGACGGGUGAAGUCCUGAACUCGGUGUGGACGCGGGAGGUUGAUCUGGGAAGUGUUGCGGCUGGUCCACAUACACUGGUAUGGAGAGUGAAUUCUCCCGAGGUGUAUCUCGAGAAGAUUGUUCUUGGGCUUGAUGGUAGUGAGUCGGUUGCGGGGAGUUAUCUUGGGCCUCCAGAGACGAUGCUGGUUCAAGGCUGA